AUGGUUGGAAACAAGUGUGAUCUUACAGCAAAUAAAGUUGUGUCAUACGAAGCAGGCAAGGCACUUGCAGAUGAAGUUGGCAUACCUUUUAUGGAAACUAGUGCAAAGAUGCCACUAAUGUGGAACAGACUUUAUGGCCAUGGUGCUUCCAUCAAAGACAGAAUGGCUAGCCAACCAGCCAUGAACAAUGCAAGGCCUCCAACGGUACAGAUCCGAGGACAGCAGUUGAACAGAAGAGUGGCUGCUGCUCAUAAAAUGUCGAAUGCUGGGUUAGUUGGAGGGUCUAUUUCUUCAGUAUGGUACUGCCGGUGGUGGCACGGUGUGUAAGAUUCAAGUGUUUCUUAACUCGUCAGUUGCAGAACCUUAUUUCAUGUUUGGACAAAACCUUAGAGGAUAUUAUCAUUUAUUUCUCAUGUCUACACACUUGUUAAUGUGAAGGGUUUGUAGAAUGUAUGAUUGUUUGUUUGUUGAUUAAA